UCCAGUUUCCUUCUCAAGAGAGACUUGCAGCAUUAACUGCUCCUGCAUCAUUUUUCUCUGAAACAACAAACAACAUAUAUACGUACCGGCGUUUUAUUGGCAAACAUGACUGAUGCCACGGCCUCCGCAACCGCCAAGGGCCGCGUCCUCGUUGUAGGAGCAACAGGCUUCAUCGGUCAGUUUGUGACCGAAGCCAGCCUUAACUCCGGCCAUCCCACUUAUAUUCUUGUCCGCCCAAGCAGCGCAACCGCCAACCCCUCUAAGACCAAAAUCAUCAAAACCUUUCAAGCCAAAGGCGCCAUAGUCUUACAUGGAGUGAUAAACGAGAACGAAUUAAUGGAGAAAUUGUUGAAAGAACACGAGAUAGAGACGGUGAUAUCAGCGGUGGGUGGGGAAAAGAUCUUGGAUCAACUCUCUUUAAUUCAUGCCAUUAAUGCUGUCGGCACCAUUAAGAGGUUCCUGCCAUCAGAAUUUGGACACGAUGUGGACAGGUCCAAUCCGGUGCAGCCAGGACUAAACAUGUACAAGGAAAAGCGACUGAUCAGACGUUCCAUUGAACAACUGGGCUUACCUUACACCUACAUUUGCUGUAACUCCGUUGCCUCUUGGCCCUACCAUGACAACAAUCACCCGUCACUGGCUCUUCCACCGCACGAUCAAAUUCCAAUCUACGGUGAUGGAAGCGUCAAAGCUUACUUUGUUGCUGGAGCUGAUAUUGGGAAGUUCACAAUGAAGACGGUGGACGACCUUAGGACCUUGGACAAGUUGGUCCAUUUCCGGCCAUCAUGCAACUUUUAUAACAUGAACGAACUUGCAGCUUUGUGGGAGAUGAAAAUUGAACGCAGUAUCCCUAGGGUUACUGUCACAGAAGAUGACCUACUAAGUGCUGCUGCAGAAAAUUGUAUACCGCAAAGUGUUGUGGCCUCAUUCACGCAUGAUAUCUUCAUUAAAGGAUGUCAAGUGAAUUUCUCAAUCGAUGGUCCACACGAGGUUGAAGUGAGCAGUCUCUAUCCAGAGGAGCCAUUUAUAAGCUUGGAUGAUUGCUUCAACGACUUUGCUGCAAAGCUUAGGGAGGAGAAAGGGAAGGAGACAGCGCCAAGGCCGGUUGUCGAGCCGCUGCCAAUCACUGCAACAUGUGCCUGAUGUUACAAAUCUUCUUUUGUUCUUCCUCAGCAGAUGGCUGUAUUUUUUUUAAUCAUUUUUUUUAAUUUUUAAUUUGAACUGAAACAAAACUGCAGAUGUGGCUGUAUUGAUCUAUUAGUAUGAUUAUUCCUUAAUUAAUAUCUCCAUUUAAAUUAUUAGGGUAAGGAAGGGAGUGUGUAUUAUUGUAAUGGGAACAAGAAAGUGGGAAGUUGAGU